UGGCGAAUUUGUUGCGGACGAAGAAAUAAAGUGCACGAAAUGGAAAUCAUGGAGCUUUGCCGCUACUAUUGGUACGAGCAUGUUGAUCAGAGGACCAUGAAUCUGCCGUUGGUAACAUCGCCCAUAAUCAUUCCUUCGACUCUGUUGGCGUAUCUAGUCAUUGUUCUAAAAUUGGGACCAAAGUACAUGAAGAACAGGGAGCCGUAUAGCUUGAAAACUUUCAUCAGAUACUACAACGUCUUCCAAGUUUUCAUCAACGCGUACAUAAUUAUGCAGUUGUUUAGCGCUGGUUUAUUUUCCGAACCAACGAGAUUCUGCUAUUUACCGGACUAUUCAUUCGACCCUAAUCCCAUAAAGAUUGUGCACACGUUCUGGCUGACGAUGCUGGUAAAGCUCAUCGACCUAGCUGAGACAGUGACGUUCGUGCUCAGGAAAAAGUACAACCAGGUUUCUUUCUUGCACCUGUACCAUCAUAUAACGACAUUGCUGCUGGCGUGGAUGUUCACGAAAUACUACCCGAUGAAGUUGUGCGCGUUCCCGAUGGCCGUGAACUGCGCUGUUCACGUGUUCAUGUACACAUAUUAUUUCUUCAGCAGCUUCGGCGACAGAACACCGAAAAUUCUGAAUUCGAUUAAACCGCUGAUCACGAUAAUGCAAAUG